AUGGACGUCAUACGGGGUCCUAGAGAACUUGGCCGCGGGGUAGAGCCCAGAGGGGCAGCCUCCGUGGCCUCCUCCUGGGAGCACACAAGGUCCCCUCCACGACGACCCGAGCCGUCUUCACGAUCCCAAGAGAGACGCCCAUUUGGGGGAACAGGCAGCAAUAGAUCCAGAAUAAUGCAGGAAUUACGUCAUAGGAUACAGAACCUAGAACGCCAGCUGGCAGAUCAGGAACAUCAUCAAAGAACUCCCGAGCCAAGCCCUUCCCGGUCUACCGAGGCGCGCGGAAGAACUCCUCAAAAAAGUCACUCCCGGCGCAUGCCUAGCCCACGAUCUGAAUCUGAAAGCGCUUGGGAGGAACAGGAACGCCCAAGAAGACGUCGUGAUCUCGUGACAUACACUCGGCCUGAAAGGAGAUGCGCCACAGGGCGUGAGCGGGAAGACGGCGGAGAAAGGCCGAGGAGAAUGCGGCGACCCGUGAUAAUGGGCGCAACCCCGUUUCAUCGUUCCAUCCUCGAGGUCCGGCUACCAAAGCACUUUGAUAAGCCGACGGACAUGAGGUACGACGGAACCCAAGACCCCCAGGAGCAUCUUACGGCCUUCGAGGCCAGAAUGAACUUGGAGGGAGUAGGCGAUGAAGUAAGGUGUCGCGCCUUCCCGGUUACCCUGGCAGGACCUGCAAUACGGUGGUUUAACAGCCUCCCACAAGGCUCCGUCGCUAGUUUUUCGGACAUUAGCCGCGCUUUCUUGGCCCAAUUCACUACCCAAACCGCGAAGGCAAAACACCCAAUCAACUUACUCGGGGUGACACAAAGGCCUGGCGAGCCGACCAGAAAAUACUUAGACCGGUUCAACGAUGAAUGUUUGGAGAUCGACGGGCUAACUAAUUCGGUGGCCAGUUUAUGUCUGACGAAUGGACUCCUGAAUGAGGAUUUCAGGAAGCACCUCACCACGAAACCCUUAUGGACGAUGCAAGAGAUCCAAAGCGUGGCCAGGGAAUAUAUCAACGAUGAAGAACCCCGACCUCUCAAGGACAGAACAGGGAGGAACAAGGGCCUCUAUUGUGAUUAUCAUAAGGGCUAUGGACACAAGACACAUGACUGUUUCAACCUGAAGGACGCGCUAGAACAAGCGAUCUGGGACAGAAAGCUGGCUGAAUUCUCCCACCUCAUCAGGGAGCCAAGGAGACGAGAUCGCGACCGCGAGGGAGAGGAAAAGACCCGCGCAGUGAAGCGAUGUCAGGAGCCAGAGGACAACGAGCACGACUUUACCAUAGUAAACGUGGUAACAGCAAUAGACGCGGCUCCAAGGUCGAGGUCAGCACACAAGAAGGACGCCAAAGUCCUGGCGAUCUCCUCCUCUUCCGUGCGAAGCUCCAAAAAGGUUCCGCCCAUCUCGUUCAGUCAGGAGGACCAGUGGUUCGAUGAGGUCGCGGAAAACCCUCCCAUGGUCAUCACGGCCAGAGUGGGAACCGGCCUUAUCAAGCGGAUCCUCGUAGACACCGGGGCCGACUCGAAUAUCAUGUUCCGUAAUGUGUUCGACGCCUUGGGUCUCCGGGAUGCCGACUUAAGGACUCACCAGCACGGUGUAGUAAGUUUGGGCGACCACUUCAUCAAGCCCAACGGGAUAAUCUCCCUACCAGUAAAGAAAUUUAUAGAAUUAAUCGUGUUGUAA